GGCUGAUGCUUUAUUCUGGAUUGUAGCAAUACAAUAAAAGCUCAUUGGAUCCCAUCUUCAGUAUGGAUUACAUCCAACCAUCUGAAUUUCCUUCACGAUAAAUAUAUAUUCACGAUGUCCGCAAGCGAACACCUCGAUAUAGCCAAUCUGGUCUUCUACGCCAUCAUUUCCCUCCCAGCCAUCUACUGCCUUAUCACGCAUGGAAAGCAUGGCCUUCUAGGCUGGGGAUACGUCCUCGCCAUGUGCGGUCUACGUCUUGCCGGUAACGCCAUGGCCUUAAAUGCCGCCCACCACCAUCAAAUCAACGCGACGGCCGCAAUCAUUAAUGGCAUCGGACUGUCGCCUCUGCUUAUGGCUGCCACGGGGCUACUUCAUGAAGCAAACCACUCCAUCCGCAAACACCUCCCCGCUCUCCUCAACAUCUGGGGCUACCUCAUCACACAUAUAGUCAUCGCGGGUGGAAUCGGUCUUGCAGCAGCUAGUAAAGGAAACGAGACCCUUCUCCAUGUGGGGCUCAUUAUCUUCGCGACCGGAUGGGUAUUCGUUGGGGCGUUGGUGUGGUUUUCACGUACGGUUGACGCGCACUCUCGUCGACUGGGGGAGGAGAGACAGAUUCUUCUCGCUGUUACGAUUUCUAUGCCGUUGAUUGGCGUGCGGAUCAUCUAUGCUAUUGCAACUGCGUUUGCUACUGAUAGUUUCGAUGGUGGUAGCUUGCCUGUGAGGAUUAUCUUUGGCACACUCCCUGAGUACCUCGUUAUGUUGCUGUAUGUGGGUGUGGGGAUAGCUACAAGGAACUUGGCCAGGAGUCGACUGGAGAAGGGUGAACAGAGGUGUCAGUUUGUUCCGGUUCAUGUUUAACGGCAUCAUCUUCUUAAUAUACCCGUCUAGUACUGCAUCCAGUACAUCAUACAUCACCAUCCAACGAGUUUGUCUCCUCCG